AAUUUUUUACACACACAACCUUUUCUCUAUAUUGUACUUUUUUUAUAUUACUAGUUUUUUAAAAUCUCUUUACAUAUCAUUUAAUAAAUAAUUUUUUAGUAGGAAAUAAAAAUUAAAAUUUUUUUAAAAAAUGGGUGCUUCAGAUAAUCAAUACACACCAGUUCAAACUCAAGAACCACAACCACAACCACAACAACCAUAUAACCCAAAUGUUUAUGUUUACCCACAACAACAACAACAAAACUAUUCACAAUACCCAGGCAAUCAACAACCAUCCAUCAAUGUUGAACCAGUAUUAGUUAUCGACACUAGUCUUACCGACUCUAAUCUUAAUUGUUGUGAACAUUGUCAAUUAAAAGAAUGUGCUAGAGUUCAACAAUACUCUAUUUGCUCCCCAUUCCUUUAUCAAAUUGUAUUCUUAUUCUUCUCUCCUUAUCCAUAUUUCUAUCUUUUCGUUGCCCCAAUUAUCGGUCUUAUUGCCGCAUACACCAAAAAGAGAUGGGUCGUCAUUAUUCACUUUAUUACUACAUUCCUUUAUUACUCAUUAACUCUCACUAUGUUAAUUUUGAGCAUAACUUCAUUAGCAACCCAAAGCACUAUCUUUUAUAUCCUCUUUUCAAUUUUACUCUUUAUCAUUUUUGCAAUUUCACUCAAAUCAUAUGCAAGAUACAUCAAAACUUUAGGUUUAUUAAAUAUCCAUACUGAAUGCACCUGUUCACUCUCUGGUAUCUCAGUUUCCUCACCAGAACAAUCAUCAUCCCAACCAAUUGAUCAACAAACAGUUGUCAUUCCACAACCAACCAUUAUUGCUCAACCAACUUUCCAACCACAAGUUGUUUAUGAUAACAAUCAAAACUCUUAUUAUUUAAUUCCAAUUCAAAACAGCAAUCAAAAUUAAAACAAUAAUUUGGAAAAAAAAAAAAUGAAAUGUAACACUCUCAUCACUCCUUCAUUUCAUUAAUUUUUUUUAUAUUUAUAUUCUAUUUUUUUUUAUGUAUUAUUGCAACAAUCCAAAUUUUUUUUUAAAUAAAAAAAUAAAUAAAAAAAAAAAAUCAUUAUUAUAAAUCACC